AGUGUAUCAACCCCAAGUGCUUCAUUUGACCAACAAAAAUGCAACACUUUUCUUCCGACAACACAGUCACCGAGUCACGCAGCACUUGGCUGCCGUAGUAAAUGGGACAAUCAUCUCGCCCUUUGAAAGCUUCUUAUGAUACGGCGGCGCUCCUCAUCUAGGAGGUGUAGUGAGCAGCUCCUGCAGCCCCCAUUUUCUCUCCGGCGAUCUUCUUCUCCGCCGAUGUUUUUCUCCGGCUCGUUUUUUUACCGGCAACGAGAAAAAGGCGCUCUGAUUUAUGAAGAAAACAUAGGUGUGCUGAAGAUCACAUCCAUGGCGUUGGUCUUGCAAAAAUCGUCCAAGAGAUCUUUUUUUUGCAGCAGGCCGGACUGUCGGAGUAACCCUGCGCCCCUAUCAUGUCGGCCAGUUCUUUGCCAAUCGUCCAUAUAUAUUUAUAAAUCCACUACCUUUGUCUCUGCGGAAGCUUUACUUCAGAGGGGGACGGCGAGGAGGUCUCUUGCAAAAGCUUUACUCCGGCGAGAGGGGCGAGGCGAGGAGGUCUCUGCAGAAGCUUUACUCCAUAUGGGACUGGGAAAUUUUGCUCCAUAGGGGGAAAGGUAUGCGCGGUGAAUGAAUGUUUUGGCGGAAAUUUAUCGCGGGAGAAAUUCCUGAAAUUUAUCCACAAAAUUGGCUGCAUUUCUACUCCACGUUUGCUGAGUCAGCCUGUGAAGGGCGCUGUUACUUGGAGACAGGGACGUAAACACUGUCGAAAUUAAAUUUGUACAUAUCAGCAUUACAGGAGAAUAAACAUGGUGCGUUGGAAAUGAUAAUUAUGCAGUGAUGUUACAUAAGGAUUACGUAGCAUGUUUUUUUUAAUGUCAACACCGUCCGAUUGAAGAUGCUCUUAUAUGAAAAUUGAUAUUGCUUUGCAUAGAGAAUUGAUGAAAGAUGACUCCUCUGGAGAUAAAAUUUAGGCCACAACUACCGUGCCUUCCAAAAACUUCUAGGUACCGUACCACGUCCAGUUGGACCACUAAUUUGCUGGCAUAUGUAAUACAUUUACACGCAAUAUACGUUAGUAUAGCUAUUUAUUAUUUCUCCUAA